AUGGAUGUGGUAGCAACAUUGGCGUCGCAAAGUGCAGUAGUGAUAUUUAGCAAGAGUACUUGUUGUAUGUCUCAUGCAAUCAAACGUCUGUUUUACGAGCAAGGAGUGAGCCCAGCAAUUGUAGAGAUCGAUCAGAACAUAUACGGUAAAGAUAUUGAGUGGGCCUUGGCUCGUUUAGGUUGCAGCCCUACUGUUCCGGCAGUUUUUGUCGGAGGGAAAUUUGUAGGAACGGCCAAUACCGUCAUGACUCUUCAUCUCAAUGGUUCAUUGAAAAGGUUGCUCAAAGAAGCUGGUGCUUUGUGGCUAUAG